UGAGAUUAAUUUUCCUUGGCAGCAUUCACAAAUAGAGUAAGCAAAGAAAGAAAAAAGGCAGAAAAAAAAAAAACACCAUACCUUCUGAAAUGCUUAUGCUGCAUACAUGAAAACAGCAUAAUUGCAGAGUAGCAAUAGGAGAUAAGAGUGAAAUGGCAGAAACAGCAGUAUCUUUUGCCUUAGGAGAAGUUUACGAAAUCCUAAAGGACGAAGCAAAGCUGCUAAGAGGCAUCCACAAAGACUUUUCAGACAUCAAAGAUGAACUAGAAAGCAUUCAAGCCUUCCUCAAAGAUGCAGAUAGAAGGGCUGCAGAUGAAGCAAACACCAAUGAUGGAAUAAGAACUUGGGUGAAGCAGGUCAGAGAAGCAUCAUUUCGUAUAGAAGAUGUAAUUGAUGAAUACCUCAGGGUGAUUCAUGUGGUCCAACAUCUUGGAUGUGGGGCUUCAAUUUGCAAGAUUACACACCUGAUCAGCACAUUGAUUUCUCGUCAUCAGAUAGCAACAGAGAUUCAGGACAUUAAAUUGUCACUUUCUGUAAUUAAGGAAAGAAGUGAAAGGUAUAAGUUUCAAGUUUCACAAGAACAACCAUCAAGCAGCAGCACUGGAGGGAUAGAAGGUAGUAGAUGGCAUGAUCCUAGAAUGAGUUCCCUUUUCAUCGAGGAAACUGAAAUUGUAGGAUUUGAAUUGCCAAGAGAUGAAUUGGUUGCUUGGUUGUUGAAGGGCACAGAAGAGCGCACAGUAAUUUCUGUGGUAGGGAUGGGAGGACUUGGAAAAACCACUCUUUGCAAGCACGUCUUUGAUAGUGAAAAUGUAAAAAGUCACUUUGAUUGUCGUGCUUGCAUCACAGUUUCUCAAUCAUACACUGUCAGAGGGUUAUUCAUAGACAUGAUAAAGCAAUUCUGUAGGGAGACAAAAGACCCUCUUCCACAAAUGUUACAUGAAAUGGAUGAGAAGUCAUUAAUUUCUGAAUUGAGGCAAUACUUGGAGCAUAAAAGGUAUUUGAUAUUCUUUGAUGAUGUAUGGCAUGAAGAUUUUUGUGACCAAGUUGAAUUUUCCAUGCCUAAUAACAAUAAAAGAAGCAGGAUCAUAAUCACCACUAGACUGAUGCACGUUGCUGAGUUUUUCAAGAAAUCCUUUCCUGUUCAUGUUCACAGCCUACAACUGUUGCCUCCAGACAAAGCAUGGGAACUCUUUUGCAAGAAGGCAUUUAGAUUUGAGCUAGGUGGGAAAUGUCCAGCAGAGCUUCAAGGUAUGUCAAACAAAAUUGUUAGAAAAUGUAAGGGGCUACCUUUGGCGAUUGUGGCCAUUGGUGGUCUAUUGUCAACAAAAUCUAAAACUGUGUUUGAAUGGCAAAAGGUGAUCCAAAAUCUAAACCUGGAGUUGCAGCGUAACCCCCAUCUAACUAGUUUAACUAAGAUUUUGUCUCUUAGUUAUGAUAACCUGCCUUACCAUUUGAAACCAUGCCUUUUGUAUUUGGGUAUAUAUCCAGAGGACUACUCCAUUAAUCACACAAGUUUAACUCGACAAUGGAUAGCUGAAGGAUUUGUUAAAUCUGAUGGGAGAAGAACUAUAGAGCAGGUUGCAGAUGAGUACUUAUCUGAGUUAAUCUAUAGAAGUCUGAUUCAAGUCUCGAGCAUAGGCUUUGAAGGGAAAGUUAAAAAUUGUCAAGUCCAUGAUUUAUUACAUGAAGUGAUCGUAAGAAAAAUGGAGGACUUGAGUUUUUGCCAUUUUUUGUAUGAAGGUGAUGAUGAAUCAGCCACACUUGGAACAAUUAGACGCCUAUCUAUAGACACUAGUUCCAACAAAGUGUUGAAGAGCACUAACAACGCACACAUUCGUGCUAUUCAUGCUUUUAAAAAAGGAGGACUGCUUGACAUUUUUAUGGGUCUCUUAUCUUCGAAGUCUAGGCCUUUGAAAGUACUCGACCUUGAAGGUACAUUGUUAAGUUAUGUUCCUAGUAAUUUAGGGAAUCUUUUUCACUUAAGGUACCUAAAUCUAAGGAAUACUAAAGUACAGGUUCUUCCUAAAUCUGUUGGGAAGUUAAAGAACCUAGAGACCCUGGAUAUAAGAGAUACGUUGGUUCAUGAGUUUCCAAGUGAAAUAAACAAGCUCAAACAGUUACGACAUCUUCUUGCUUUCCAUCGAAACUAUGAAGCUGAGUAUUCUCUGUUGGGAUUUACAACUGGAGUUGUAAUGAAAAAGGGUAUUAAAAACUUGACUUCCCUACAAAAUCUUUGCUAUGUGGAGGUUGAACAUGCAGGAAUUGAUCUCAUCCAAGAGAUGAGAUUCUUAAGGCAGUUAAGGAAGUUAGGCUUAAGGUGUGUUCGAAGGGAAUAUGGGAAUGCAAUAUGUGCUUCAGUGGAAGAGAUGAAACAACUUGAAUCACUUAAUAUCACUGCAAUAGCUCAAGAUGAAAUCAUUGACUUGAACUCUAUAUCAUCCCUACCCCAACUUCGACGACUUCAUUUGAAAGCAAGACUGGAGAAGAUGCCUAAUUGGAUUUCAACACUUGAGUUUCUUGUUAAAAUAAGGCUGGCUUUAUCCAAUUUGAAAGAUGAUCCGUUGAGAUCGCUAGAAAAGUUGCCAAGUUUGUUGAAGGUUAGUAUUUGGGACAAUGCCUAUGAUGGUCAAAUUUUGCAUUUUCGAAGUGGAGGUUUUCCAAAAUUGAAGGAAUUGUAUCUUGCUCGGUUGAAUAGAGUAAAUUCUAUCCUCAUAGACAAAGGAGCUUUGCUUUCUCUUGAAAAUUUUAAACUUAACAAAAUGCCCCAUCUCAAGGAGGUACCCUCUGGCAUCAAAGCCUUGGAUAACCUCAAAGCUCUUGAUUUCCUUGACAUGCCAACUGAAUUUGUUGAGAGCAUUGAUCCACAAAAUGGACAAAAUUAUUGGAUCAUCAAUCAUGUUCCCCUUGUAUUCAUUCGCCACUGGAUUGGCCCAAAACUCAAUGAUUUUGAAGUCCGCACCAUUCGCUUGUUCUACAGGGAGUGAUAAACAAACUGAUAAUGCUUUGAUGUCUGAAAUGAAAGUUGUGGGAGCUGCUCUUUAAAGCUUGUAAACAUGACUUCUUCAUUUGAAUGGACAUUUUCAUUUUCAAAAUAAAGACAAAAUUAAUUUCUUUAUCAUUAGUGGAUUUGUUGUGAUGAAGGAACCUUCUGUUGCUUCCGAUUAUUUUGCCUGUAUUCUAAACUUUAGUCGGCCUUCUCUUGGCCUUGGAAGGCAAAUAUGAGUUUUUUUAAGCAAAGGUUGUCGAAUUACUCUUUAAAGUUUGUGAUAUAGAUUUGACAACUGCAGUAUCUUUGUUAUUUGACUGGAUUAAUCUGUUGUGUUGCUGGAAUCAACUGGUUCUUACCAAUUA